GCGAGAAUGUGUCACUUUACUUAACUGACUGGAGGCUGAGAAGCAGGGAGACAGAGCGACAGAAGGAAGAGACGAGGCGAAGGAGCCUUCCUGAGCCAGGACAACACCGGCUCUAAACACACACACACACGCGCGCGCGCCGCUUCCAGACAGGACAGGACGCUGCUCACCGCUUCACACACACACACACACACACACACACACACUCUGUGUCUUUCUCACACACAAACACACACACUGAUGAUGGUGGUACAGGCAGCGGCGGUGACUCCAGGUCGGAGCCGCCGGCUCUUGCUCAAACUACCGGUGGGAACACUGAGACGCAGCAGCGAGGAGAGGAUGACGGAGGGGCGGCGAUGUCAGGUCCAUCUCCUGGAUGACAGGAAGCUGGAGCUCCUGGUGCAGCCCAAGCUGAUGGCCAAGGACCUGCUGGACCUGGUGGCGUCCCACUUCAACCUGAAGGAGAAGGAGUACUUUGGGAUUGCCUACACAGAUGAGACCGGUCACUUAAGCUGGCUGCAGCUGGACAGACGUGUGCUGGAGCACGAGUUCCCCAAGAAGUCUGGACCCAUCAUCCUCUACUUCUGCGUAAGGUUCUACAUUGAGAGUAUAUCGUAUCUGAAGGACAAUGCCACCAUCGAGCUCUUCUUCCUCAAUGCAAAGUCCUGCAUAUAUAAGGAGCUGAUUGAGGUGGAGAGUGAGAUAGUCUUUGAGCUGGCCUCCUUCAUUCUCCAGGAGGCGAAAGGAGACUUCACCAGUAAUGAUGCCACCAGGUGUGACUUGAAGAAGCUGCCCGCUCUGCCCACGCAAGCUCUUAAAGAGCACCCAUCACUGGCCUACUGUGAGGACCGAGUCAUUGAGCAUUACAAGAAGCUGAGCGGUCAGUCCAGAGGCCAGGCCAUUGUGAACUACAUGACUAUAGUAGAGUCUGUGCCUACAUAUGGAGUUCAUUACUAUGCUGUAAAGGACAAGCAGGGCAUCCCAUGGUGGCUGGGCCUCAGCUACAAGGGCAUCUUCCAGUAUGACUACCAGGACAAGGUCAAACCCAGGAAGGUGUUCCAAUGGAGGCAGCUGGAGAAUCUCUACUUCAGAGAGAAGAAGUUCUCAGUGGAAGUCCAUGAUCCCAGAAGGGCGUCGGUGACCCGAAGGACCUUUGGUCACAGUGGCAUCGCCGUGCACACCUGGUACGCCUGCCCUGCUCUCAUCAAGUCCAUCUGGGCUAUGGCCAUUAGCCAACACCAGUUUUAUCUGGACCGCAAACAGAGCAAGUCUAAGAUCCAUGCGGCACGCAGCCUCAGUGAGAUCGCCAUAGACCUGACGGAGACAGGAACCCUGAAGACCUCCAAGCUGGCCAACAUGGGCAGCAAGGGCAAAAUCAUCAGUGGAAGCAGUGGCAGUCUGCUGUCCUCUGGCUCCCAGGAGUCGGACAGCUCUCAGACGGCGAAGAAGGACAUGCUGGCAGCCCUGACACGGCAGGAAGCCCUGGAGGAGACGCUUCGCCCUGCGCCUGGAGGAGCUCAAAACAUCUGCAUCAGAGAGGCCGAGCUGACGGGCAAGCUACCCAAGGAGUACCCGCUGGAUCCGGGCGAGGAGCCGCCAACAGUGCGACGGAAGAUUGGCACGGCCUUCAAGCUGGACGAGCUGAAGAUCAUGCCCAAAGGAGAGGAGGAGGAGCUGGAGCGUCUGGAGCGCGAGUUCGCCAUCCAGUCCCAGAUCACGGAGGCGGCGCGGCGCCUGGCCACCGACCCGCACGUUAGCAGCAAGAAGCUGAAGAAGCAGCGUAAGACCUCCUACCUCAACGCCCUGAAGAAGCUGCAGGACAUCGAGAACGGCAUCAACGAGCACCGCAUCCGCUCCGGCAAGAAGCCCACGCAGAGGGCCUCACUCAUCAUCGAGGAAGCCAAUAUUGGGUCAGAGGACAGCUCUUUGUCUGACGCUCUGGUGCUGGAUGAUGAUGAUACCCAGACCACGGGCACCCCCACCUUCUCCCCUGCGGCGUCCCCCCACAAAGGCCUGCCUCCGCGCCCACACAGCCGCCCCCCUCCCCCGCAGUCUCUGGAGGGCCUUAGGCACCUGCACUACCAGCGCAGCGACUACGACAAGUCCCCCAUCAAGCCCAAGAUGUGGAGCGAGAGCUCCCUGGACGAGCCCUACGAGAGGGUCAAGAAGCGCUCCUCUCACUCUGGGUAGGAUAGUCACAGGCGGUUCCCCAGCACAGGCAGCUGUACCGAGGCGGGGGGCAGUAACUCUCUGCAGGGCAGCCCCAUUAGGAGUCUCCCUAACUGGAACUCCCAGUCCAGCAUGCCCUCUACCCCAGACCUGAGGACUAGAGCGCCUCACUACGUCCAUUCCACUACCCACGCGCUGCACAGUCUGGCCCAGCACUUCCGCCACCGCAGCUCCAGCCUGGAGUCGCAGGGUAAGCUGCUGGGCCUGGAGGUUGAGGCGGGCGCCUCCUCGCCGGACCUCUGCCCGCACACGCCGGGCACCAACGGCUCCGACCCCCUGGACGACUGCUCGUCCUGCACCAGCCAGUCCAGCUGCGAUCACUUCUACCCGCCGGGCCAAAGCCGGUUCCUCCUCGGCGCCACCGGCCACGCCAACUACUCCACGCUGGCCGAGGACUCGCCCUCCAAGGCCGCCAGCCGCCAGCGUCAGCGCCACCGCUCCGCCGGCCACCUGGGCAGCUCCAACUCGGGCAGCAUGCCCAACCUGGCGGCAUCCCGCGGAGGGCCCGGCUGCAGCGGGGCCGGCGGCUCGGGGUCCAGCUCUGGGGUGAUCGGCGGGCCCCAGCACGGCGUCUACAUGAGCAGCCAGAGCCAGCCGUCGUCGCAGUACCGCAUCCGCGAAUACCCGCUCUACGUAGACGGCGGCAGCCCCGCCGGCGUUGUGGUGCGCAGCCUGGAGAGCGACCAGGAGGGCCACUACAGCGUCAAGGCCCAGUUCAAGACCUCCAACUCCUACACGGCCGGCGGCAUGUACAAGGAGGGCUGGGGCGGCGAGGACGGCGAGGGGAGCAGCGGGCGGCUCACGCCCUCGCGCUCAACAGAUCGUCGGACUCCGUCGCUGGGCCGAGAUGGGGGGGGGGCAGCCGGCGGCGGCAGCGGGGGAGAGAGCGGCGUGUCGGAGGAGCUGCGCUGCUGGUACCAGCGCUCCAGCGGCUCCAUCAAGGAGACGAGCGGACGCAGCAGCCGGGUGGGAACGCUGGUCAAAGGGUCGCCAGUGGCCUCCCCACAUAGUCAGCGGAGUGGAACUCCGUCCAGUGAGCUGGCAGCAACACCCCCCAUCAGUCCACAGCAUAUUCUGAGCUGGCAGAGCGGGUAAGACAGAGUGUGUGUGUGUGUGUGU